CAUCCAACGCCCGUCUUCUCUCACCUGUGUCAGGUCUCCAGGCAGCCAAUCCGAUAGCGCUGCUUAGCUUCUUCGUCUUGGUGCGUUGAAGCUGUUCCCCAAAGCUCGCGGGCGAACGACAAUGGCGAUCGACGCGGUGGGGAGACUGCUCGAGCAGCUCCGCGUCGCGGCACGCGACUUGAGUCUGGAUAACGUUUCCGGAGCUGCAUGGCCGUUCUUCUGGACGGGCUUGGGCGCUCUGACGCUCCUGUAUCUCGUCCUGCGCGAAAACGAUCAACCUAUCCGAUACACCGUCCCGUCGCCCAAGCAACCCGAGAAGGUCGAGAUCCUGGACGAGCCAGCAAUCAAUGUCUCGGGCUCGACGGCAAUCCAGUGCUAUGCCCCCGCGACCGGGCAGUUCCUCGGCUUCGUGAACCCGUCGACUACAAACGCCAUCGACCGAGCCGUUGAGCAGGCACAAGCCGCCCAGAAGAAGUGGGCCACCACCUCGUUCCGUGAACGCCGCGCCGUCCUCCGCUCAAUGCUCCAGCACGUUCUCGACAACCAGGACGAGAUCUGCCGCGUCGCCUGUCUCGACAGCGGGAAGACCAUGGUUGACGCGCAGCUAGGCGAGGUCUUGGUGACGGUCGAGAAGCUCCAGUGGACCAUCAAGCACGGCGAGAAAGCCCUGCGCCCUUCCCGGCGGCCGACCAACCUGCUGAUGGCUUACAAGCGCAACACGGUUCGCUACGAGCCCCUGGGUGUCGUGGCAGCUCUCGUCAGCUGGAACUACCCCUUCCACAACCUCAUCGGCCCCAUCAUCAGCGCCCUGUUCUCCGGGAACGGCAUCUUGGUCAAGGUCUCGGAGCAGACUGCCUGGAGCUCCUCCUACUUCGCCAACAUCGCCAGGGGUGCCCUCGUCGCCCACGGCCACGACCCAGCCCUGGUCCAAACCGUCGUCUGCUGGCCGCAGACGGCGAACCACAUCACGUCUCACCCGGGCAUCAGCCACAUCACCUUCAUUGGCUCUCGUCCCGUCUGCCACAAAGUCGCCGCCUCCGCCGCGAAAGCGCUCAUCCCCGUCAUCGCCGAACUCGGCGGCAAAGACGCCUCGAUCGUCCUCGACAGCGUCAGCAACCGCGACCUCCCACGCGUCACGGAGACGCUGCUGCGCGGUUCGUUCCAGGCCUCGGGGCAAAAUUGCAUCGGGAUCGAGCGCAUCAUCGCCACCCCGGCCAUCUACGAUCGCCUUGUCUCCAUCAUGGAGCCUCGCGUGCGCGCCCUCCGCCCGGGGCCCGACGCCGACGUGGGCGCCAUGAUCUCCGACAGCUCCUUCGACCGCCUCGAGGGCCUCAUUGCGGAUGCAGUCAGCAACGGCGCGCGCCUGCUCGCCGGCGGGAAACGCUUCGUCCACCCCGACCACCCCAAGGGCCACUACUUCUCCCCGACCCUCCUCGUCGACGUCACCCCGGACAUGGCCAUCGCCAACGAGGAGUGCUUCGCACCCAUCAUGGUCCUCAUGCGCGCGCCGGCGCCGACCGCAGAGGCGAUCCUCUCCGUCGCAAACGCGCCGCACUUUGGGCUGGGCAGCUCCGUGUUCGGAGCCGAGUCGGACCCGCGCAUCCCACAGAUCGUCAGCGGCAUCAAGGCCGGCAUGAUCGCCGUCAACGACUUUGGCGCCACCUACGCCGUCCAGCUGCCCUUUGGCGGCGUUUCCGGGUCCGGCUACGGCCGGUUCGCGGGCGAGGAAGGGCUCAGGGGGUUGUGCAACGUCAAGGCGGUGUGCGAGGAUCGCAUGGGGUGGCUGGGUGUCCGCACGUCGAUCCCUCCCCCCAUGCGGUACCCCGUCAAGGAUCAGGAGAGGAGCUGGCGGUUCGCGAGGGGAGUCGUGGAGGUCGGGUAUGGGUUGGACAUUGCGAGGAAGAUUGGAGGCGUCUUGGGGAUCGUGAAGAACAGUUAGAGGGCGGGCGCCUAAAGGAAGAAGGCGUUGGCGAGCUUUGUUUAUUCCAAGAGCACAAGAGUUUCAAGAAAAGGUUGAUUAAAAAGGGGGGGGGGGGUUCUCGACGGUACCUUGAUCGGGCCCCUCUCUCUCCCUACCCUAUUUUGGGCGGCUCUAUGUCGCCACCUAAAAUCUAGUAGUAAUUCAUAAUUUAUCAACACGCUUCUGAAACAAAUCAUAUCAAGCGGGCACUUAAAA